AUGGCUCUCUCCAGACUUAUCGCUACCGUUUUGGUGGCGAGUCGUCUCACUGCCGGAUAUUUGAUCGCCCCCUCCGGCACCGCAUUCCCUGGGGCAAACUCAGACUGCAGUGAAUGGGUCACCUACACGACCGGCUUGACCUGUGCCGAGAUUGAGGCCACAUACUCGAUCACUGAAGAGGAAUUCCUCGAAUGGAAUCCUUACAUCUCACUACUUUACACUGACUGCAAUCUGGUUGCGGGCUAUGACUACUGCGUGGACAUCAACUUUGAGACCUUCGGGACCUCUUCGUCCUCCACCAUCUCUGCCUCCACGGCCGGAUCCGCGACCGUGGCGAGCACCGGAAUCACUACGCCAUCACCCAUCCAAACGGGCAUGACCGCUACGUGCGACGAGUUCUACCUCGUGGUCUCUGGAGACACGUGCGCGGCUAUUGCCUCUGAUGCCGGUAUUGCACUGUCCGACUUCUACGCCUGGAACCCCGCGGUUGGUACCAGUUGCGCUGACCUCGAUGUUGGCGAUUAUGUGUGUAUUGGGGCGACUGGCACUGUGACCUCCACCACGGCCACCGGCAGUGGUACUGGAAUCGUCACCCCGGCCCCAAUCCAGACGGGUAUGACCGCUACUUGCGACGCCUUCCAUCUCGUGGUCUCCGGAGACACGUGCGCGGACAUUGCGUCCGACGCAGGAAUUGCACUGUCCGAUUUCUACGCCUGGAAUCCUGCGGUCGGCACCAGCUGCGCUGACCUCGAUGUCGGUGAUUAUGUGUGUGUCGGGGCGACUGGAACUGUAACCUCGACCACGACCACCAGCAGUGGUACUGGAAUCGUCACGCCUGCUCCAAUUCAGACAGGCAUGACCGCGACCUGCGAUGUAUUCCAUCUAGUGGUCUCCGGAGACACGUGUGCGGACAUUGCCUCCGACGCGGGGAUCGCCCUGGCCGAUUUCUACUCCUGGAACCCCGCCGUGGGCAGCAGCUGCGCUGACCUAGACGUGGGCGACUAUGUGUGCGUCGGGAUCGAGGGAGGCACUGCCACUGCCACUGCGACGACAACGACAACGACGGCGACGACAACCGGUAACGGAGUCACGACCCCCACACCGAUCCAAACGGGCAUGGUGUCGGACUGCGAUUCCUUCUAUUAUGUGGUCUCUGGGGACGGCUGCUCGAGCAUCGCCAGCGCGGAGGGGGUCACCGUGGCGGAAUUGGAGGAGUGGAACCCGGCCAUUGGGACGGACUGCACGGAUUUGUGGACCGAAACCUAUAUCUGCGUGGGAAUCCUGUAA